AUGGGGGUGUCUCUUGCUGAUCGCCUCGAAACAAUCGCCUCGGAGAACAACCUCACCAUCCUUCAAGUGAAACGGUUGCUGAAGGAUGUGUUGACAAACCCUUCUGUGGUGAAUGCGUUUCGUCAGUAUAUGAGUGGGCAGCUUACUCUUCUGGAACCCGAGACAGGAGAACCAUCGACCUCAACUAGAAGGCACGCUCAUCUUCUUGGUUUUGACGUUAGUUCUCUUGGCCGCCGCUCCAGCAUCAUGGAUCUUAUAUCGAACCGAACUCUGACUAGAUCACUAGCCAAGCAAUUAAGGGCGGAGGCUACAAAUAAGGGGACGUUUUCUUCGAAUAUGUCUAGUGAAGAAAAUUUCGCCAAACACAGCCUCGAUUUUGGUACAUCGAGACCAAAAGCCACUACCUUUCUUGAAAUGCACUUUUCCGAAGGUGAGGACGAAGAUGGCGCAGAAAAUAUAGCAGAAAAAGAAACUGGAAACGCUCCCGCGCUCGGUACUGAUGAUGGCAAUUUCCACCAACGCGAUGAAGACUAUCAGCCAACAGCGGACGAUUUUACCCUCUUGCAACGGGAUCUCUACUAUGACCGUGAUGACGUAGAAAUGAAAUCAGUGUCUAGUGGCAUGGCAGGUGGAGUGGAAGACGAAGAGGAUACUCUUAACGACAGCUUGCAGACCGUUGAGCCCUUUGAUUCGCCCCACAGAGAGUAUUAUUUGCGUUCAAGGAAAAAUGAUGACAUUGGCAUGCAAAAUUGCUGUGCUGGGCUUACUCCUAGUUUGCUGCACAUGCUCGAUGAAUAUGAUGUGAAUUUCGACGCUGAUAUGGACUCAACUGGAUUUGCUGAGGCAAUAUCUGGUCCCAAUAGGGCCGCAGAUAUUGAUCCAGAGGAUCAAAUUUACUCUAACUUCUUGAAAUCACUUUACGGAUCGACUCCUCCGGAACCGAGUUUAUCGUCUCCUAAUUUUAAAGAGGAUACCCCUAGGCAUGAAGUUGGUGGAAGUAAAUUUCAAAAUGGUGUAGCACUUUCGAAGUCACCGUCGAAGCUAAGAUCUUCGAUUAUAAAUGACUCCAAAUUAACUGCAGACGACUUUGAUGAUCCUGACUUUGAUGUCAUGGCAGAAAUCGAGGCCGUUUGUUGUGAUGAUCUUUUUGACGAACUUCGAUCCGACCGUGCUGUCCGCAUUUCGAAGAUGGAGGCAAAAGAACUACGUCGGGAUUUGGUUGAACUUUUCAAUGAGGACUACGGCAGUGUGGACAUUGACGAGGACAUUACGGCAGCAACCACACACCCAUCAAUGAGAAAGUCGCACUGUGCGCAAGCCAAAUCCCAUGAUGCGAUGCCAAGUGACAAUCGCGAAUUCCCACCUCUUUCUCCACCACCAUUCUCACACUCCAUAAAUGAACGCCUUCGGCGCCAACUCUCCAUGCACGUGCAGCUCCUCUGUUCUACACUAGCCUGUUCAAUUAACCGCGUUGAUCUUGAGGCCUCCGUGUGCACUCUCGUCCAGGAGGCCUUUGGUGAUAUUUUCAGUGCCUUUCAGGAGGCCAAGCAGGAUCCUUACACUUACGUGACAGGUCUCUCAGACCUCAACGACCUAUUUGCCCAUGCCUGCUCCUUCCUUUUUGAGUUCGCCGGUCUAACCAUGCUACCUCGGCCACCUCCGAAUCCAGCGGCUUCAACGUCUUACCCUCCACUCCUACCCCUCCCAUUUUAUCUCCUUGACUUUAUUGUUCGCAGCCCCAUUUGGGCUUAUCCGCGCUUUCUUCCCCGCGGUUUGGCUUCCAGACCCCACCAAAUGCCAAAGAAGAAUUUUACCAACGACGAGGACAACUUAAUGGUCAUUGGGUUCGCGAAUUUCAUCGAAUUCUCUCCUCGUCGCUUUAGCAUUUUUGCUGAAAGUCUCGAUCGUCGUCAUAAACUCCCGAAAAGUUCUGAGGCUUCCACCACCACCGCCACCGGCACGUCCACUAUGGCCAGUCGCUCUAAGGUGUUCGACUUUAUCUCAAAAACCCUUAUUCCUACAAGGUCUAAGUUGCAAUUACACAGCCGUAAAGCCUACAUGGAUAAGAUACUCCACAGGGACUGGCUUAAUUGCGGCCCCAUUUCAAAGUCCUCGCUCUACCUGUUAAUGUUAGAUCUAACCUCGGGUAACUUCGAAGGUCUGGAUGAGAAACGAAGCCUCCUCCGAGCAUGCGUGCCGAGUUUUGCGCAGAAAACUUGCGCCGCAGCCGAAGGCUCCUUGCAGCUGGGCAGUGUCUUCUCGCGCCCUGAGUGUUGGGACAACCUACCGGCAGAAUACGCGCUCUGCUGUCAAGCUCUCCGAACUCAAAUGCACGAAGGAAAAACGGGGGCUCCAACACCCGUCCUUGCGCCCCUGACGUCUAUGUUUCCUGGUGAUGUAUCUCAAAUUAUUAACUUUUACUCCUCCGCCAUGCUCACUUGGUGGCCGAAUGAAAAUAACCCAAAUGCCAGUGCGAGAGUUGCUGAUGUUCGUGAAGUUAAUGCGUUCCAAGCCCGGCCGAUGGUCGAUCCUCUUGCGCCGAAUGUGGUCAUUGUCAUGCCUGCUUUGGGCAAGCGACCCGUUUCUAGGGUGUCCGCUAAGCUUCCCAUCCCACGCCUGCCAAAUCGGACUUCACCGGCCCAAAAAUCGACCAAAGGUGCGGACCUCGUUUCUAGAUCACCGGAAUCCCCCCCUCUUCCUUCAUCCUCGGUGAACCCACUCGCCUCAUCGAAUGCACCACUCCCUGGGGAGCUGUCUGCACCUCGUCACACAUGCGCUGCGCCAUCAAAACCGGUUAAUCAGGUCACGCCGCUAAAAAUCCCCCGCUUUUGUCACAAUCACCAGUCUUCUUCAGCUGGAAGCCGCAGUCAUCACUCCUCUCAUUUCCUUCCUCAAGUUGGUAAAACCAUUCAGUCAUUCUACUCGGUGCUUGACCGUGUGUUGCGUGGCCACGCUCCGCCCUCACGUCCUCGUUCUUCCACGCCAGCUGCUCUCACCGCCCGUUUUCUUCGACGGUGUCGUAGGAAUGACACCGCAUGGCUUCCAACUUCCACCGCGGGUGGCAAGGAAGCAGACGAAUCGGACGUUCGGAGGGCGCGCUGUUUGCUCGAUCGUUGUCGGACCCACCUCGGUCGACAAACACACGGCGACGUAAUCCGUGCAUUAGCCGAACAGCCAGCCGUGCCUCUUGAGCGCAUCCUUCAACUUCUGUCCCCUUCACGCCCUUUGUGGGAGGAAUUUGUGGGGCUUUGUUUGACUCCGGGACAAGCACGCUCUCUUCACAUCUAUCCAAUUUACGCACACCUUCAGCGGGUACGUGUCAUUCACUCACUCCUCCGUGCCUCCCUCCCCCGCGCGAAAAGGCUGUGGUCAGGAUUGAGGAAACUUGCGGAUUCACGAGAGGCAGAGGAGCUGAGGAUACCCGCGUUCCAAGGAGCACCUCACCCCUCGUCUGACUCGUCUUCUCCUCGCAGUUGCAACCGGAGGAGAACUCGGAAAAGACGAAGACGCCAAACAGCCGAAGAGGAAGAAAGGCAAAAACCACCAAAGGAUGUAUACAAGUCAGCGUGGUCACUCUUAGAAACGGCUCUGAAAGAUCGAUAUGCCCUACACGUCCAGACAGCCAUUUCACUUGAUGCUCUGCACAAACCAUAUUCUAACUUCCCCCAGACUUUUGAGGUAAAUGAGACAUUAGCCCGAAGACCGUCUACGUUGCCGGAGCACUCGCCCAGUCUUUGCCAGGGAUCUAGUCCUCCCAUCAGUCUUCCAAGACUGGUUGAUGAGUUUGCCUCCAAAGUUGAUCUCAGAGCUAGCGCUUUCGCCGAGAGCCUUCAGUGGGAGAUUUCCACUGAGCUCUCUUCACGGUCGUCUGCGGCGGCCAAAUCGAAACUGGCCAAUCGGUGUCCAUGCCCCUGUCAUGAUAAAAGCAAACGAACUGCCACAAACGCCCAGGCUCAGGUACAGCAGUCGGGCACAUCGACUGGCGUCGUUGGCAAAUCCGCUUCAAAGGCUGAUAGUCUUGGGCUGCGUCACUGCAUCAAGUGCAGCCUUCGGGUGCACCAGGGAGUCGUCUACGUAGACGAGUGCAAUUUUCAUUUGACACAUGUUCAAAUCACCUGGCCAACUGUCUUUUCCCCACGUGUCGAGUCCACUGAUACAUGUGUUUACAAUCCUCCGUCACCUCAGGAUGACGGCUCAGCUGUCCAACUGCCGAGUUCCUGCAGUACACUUCAGGCGCUUCACGCUCUGGGCAGUUAUCAUGAAAGCAGUUGUAGUGGUGCGACUGUGACAUCUGUUGUGGUCCCCGACAUGGCCGGUAGGCAGGUUUCUGUCAAUUUUGGCGAACUUCUGUUGCCUCCAUCGAGGAAGUCCAUCGAUGUUCCAGUUACACCAACUGUUCUCUCUCCCAUGGCAGAUAAAACAUCAAAAGCGUUUACCUCAGCCUAUUCCUCCUCACCUCCCAUCUCCCCGCCCCCGAUCUUUCAACUACCGCCCGUGGACGUGGACGAUGAGGCUUGUUUCAACACAGAGGCCUUUACUCAGCGACAUAAGGAGGAAUCUUCCCUAGGCGUUGUUGCCUCAGCCUCAGAACAGUUUUCGUCUUGGAGUGCAGCUGAGGACCGUCGUCUGUUAGAGCACUGCCGUACCGCGGGGCGGUGUUCUCGACGAAGCCUCCUUGAAUUGGCUGCUCAAUGGCCCGAACGGUCACCGGAAGAGUUAAUGGCGCGUUUUAAGUACCUAACGCUCGUCGCACACGGGGAGAGCUACCAUUCAAAUAUGUGCACUGACUCUAGUCAGUCAGACCAGGAUGCUGAAGAAGACUUCUGA